AUGUUUUCUUUGUUUUACGGACUAUGGAAGUACAUGCUGAGCAAGGUUGAAUUUCACGUACUUAUUCUUGGAAUCGACAAGGCUGGCAAGACAACAUUACUGGAGAAAUUGAAGUCACAGUACUCGAAUGUGGAAGGCCUCCCUCCUGAUAAAAUUGUUCCAACUGUGGGACUCAAUAUUGGCCGUGUAGAAGUGUCAAACACGAAACUCAUAUUCUGGGACCUGGGAGGUCAGAAAGUUCUUCGGCAUGAGGAUUUACAAGGAGCUCCUCUUCUGAUUUUAGCAAACAAGCAGGACCUUGAAGAUGCUGUGUCGGUCGAUGAACUCUCUCAAUAUUUGGACCUCAAGAAACUUGACGAGAGAGUUUAUACGUUCCAAGCUGUUUCAGCUAUCGAGGGACUCGGUAUUAAAGAAAGUGUUAACUGGCUGGUGGGUGCUAUGGAAAGAAGUAAGAGAACAGAUAUGCUGAGAGUUCGUGCAGGUUCAAGUGUCGUCUAG